UGCAACCGGAAGUCCGGUUUUGAUGCCUGAUUCACGUGAUCCUCAGCGCGCUGCAGAGUUGCAGUCGGCUUUAACUACACAUUUAUCAUGUGACGGUUUAAUACACAUCCUGUGGAGUAAAACAGGAAGAUUAACCUGUUAAUAAGAAGCAAAACCAGCGUCACAGGAUCUAAAGCCUCUGCACCAUGAGACGCUCCGGUUUCUUCAUCCGGGCGAGAGAGGAGGAGAAGCGAUGGACGGAGAGGGAGAGAGAGACGGAGAGAGAGAGACCUGCGGCGCUGAACGGAGACGAAGCGAGAGACUUUUACCGGAGUCUGUUUGAAGACGAGGACGGAGUGAGGAGAGAGGAGAGGAGAGAGGAGAGGAGAGAGAAGAGGAGAGAGGAGAGGAGAGAGGAGAGGAGAGAGAAGAGGAGAGAGGAGAGGAGAGAGGAGAGGAGAGAGGAGAGGAGAGAGGAGAGGAGAGAGGAGAGGAGAGGAGGCGGAGCUGGUGAAGGAGGGGUGAAGAAUAGCGGAGGUGUGGUGGGGAACUCGGGCGCGGCGCCCCCUGCAGGCCGCACUGACGGGUACAGGCUGCUGCGGUGUGCGGAGCAGGGCGAUAUACGGGGCCUGGAGGACGUCCUGAGACGAGGCUGCAACGACUUCAGAGAUCAGUUUAACUGGACCGCACUGAUGAGCGCCGCGUGCUCCGGGAGAACCGACACGGUCGAGUCCUGCUCCAGAGGGGGGGCGCUGUGGACAUCCAUCACUGACACACAGGGGAGGGAUGCACGUGAUCUGGCUCGUCUCGCUGGUCAUCAUGAUGUCGUCACCGUACUGGAGCAAUUCAGCAUCACACAGAGCUCACACACCUCACACACACCUACUGACCCAACACACAGCUCCCCUCCCCCUCAGCGGUGUGAGGUGUGUGAGGUGUGUUACACGGACAGCGCACACACACACACCUCGUCCACGCUGCACCAGUUCAGCCUGAAGCGUCCUCCGUCGCUCCCUCACUACUGUCUCGCUCCCUCCAGCGUAGGGUACAAGGUGAUGCUGCGUUUGGGAUGGGACCCUCACUCCGGCCUCGGCCCGGAACACUCGGGCCGCCUCGACCCCGUCGGCACCGUGCUCAAAUCCGAAAGGACCGGCCUCGGGUUCGGGCCCAAGCCCAGGUCAAAGGUCACGCACUUCAAGGCCAACGACAUGCAGGCGGUCCGCAGGGCGCCUGAAAGACGAGAGGAGAGACAGGAACGAGGGACGACGGUCAGCGCUAAGAACAGGAAGAGGACGGAGGAGAGACAGAGACAGUGGGAGAGAGAUUACCGCACCUCGUUCAACAUCGACUCAUGACCUUUCACCUCUGAUGCUGUAGUCAGGUGACUUUAUCGCCCUCUAGUGGCGUGAGACGGGACGAACUGUUUAAUUUAUCACUUUUAUUAAAUUACGUUGUCACUGAAGUUUCUCUGCCUCACACUGUAGAUGUUUUUAUUUUGAACCGACAUCCGUGUAAUAAAACACCAAAAAUAAACCAAAAUGCUCAUUAAGCUGUA